AUGGGGAACUGCAUGCAAUCUAAGGUUUUUUCAGAAACUGAGAAACAGUUGAUAAAAGUUAUGAGGAUGGAUGGAAAGAUGUUAGAAUACUCUCCUCCUCUUGUUGUAAGAGAUCUUCUCAUGGAGAAUGGGUAUCAACAGAAUUUCAUGGUUGUUCACUCAGAGAAGGUUGGUGAUGGUCUUCCCAUGGAUUAUAAAUUGGUGGGUGGGGAGCUUUAUUACCUUAUUCCAUCCCAUAUUGGAGCUGAUCAGAAAGGUUUCUCAGCACAGAGAAGUUGUGCUUGUGGAGGGAAGGAAAGAGUAGAGGAUGUGGGUUCUUCCUGUGGAGGUGCAGUGAAAACAGAGAUUGGUAUGAGGAUUAAAAUUUUGGUCUCAAAGAAACAGCUGAAAGAUUUGCUUUCAAAUGGUUAUUUGAAAGAGAAAGUAGUGGAUGAGCUUUUGGUGAAACAGUUUGAGAGUAAGGCUCUGCACCAGGGUGCUUCAUUUGUUCCAACAAGAGAGUGGAGACCAUGUUUAGAAAGAAUUCCAGAGGUGGACUGA